AUGAUGCGCGCCUCGCCGGCACGGCCGAUCACAUGCGGUCACCUGACCGUCGCCGAACACCGCCGCUCGGUCGGGAGGUUGGACACACGGCGAGGUUUCUACCAACCGCGCGGAAAGGAUAAGAAGUCGUCGCGCCAACUGCACGGCGCCCACACGGCCCACCCUUCCCGGCCCCAUCCCCUCCACACGUCACCGAAUCCAACGGACGUACGCAACCCGACGGCCAUGGCGUCCUCCGCCGCCGCAGCCGUCCCCGAGUCUGACCGCGCCGCCCUCGUCAAGGCCUUCGACGAGUCCCGCACCGGCGUCCGCGGCCUCGUCGAGUCCGGCGUCUCCACCGUCCCCGACCUCUUCGUCCACCCCGACCCCUACGCCUCCGUCCCGCUCGCUCCCCCCGGCGUCUCCAUCCCCGUCGUCGACCUCUCCCUCCCCGCGCCCGUCGCCGCCGCUGCCGCCGCGGCGGCCGCCCGUGACUGGGGCUUCUUCCACCUCGUCAACUACGAGGCCCUCGUCCCCGCCGACUACCCCGCGAGGGCCCUCGCCGCGGUGCGCGCCUUCAACGAGCUCCCCGCCCCCGAGCGCUCCGCGCACUACGGCCGGGCCAUGGGCGGCGGGGUCUCCUACUCCUCCAACGUGGACCUGUACCGCUCCGCCGCCGCGAGCUGGCGCGACACCAUCCAGGUGGGGUUCGGGCCUACGCGGCCCGACACGGAGCGCAUCCCGCCGGUGUGCCGCUCGGAGAUCCUCGAGUGGGAAGCGCACACCACCGCGGUGGCCCGCGCAGUGAUGGCGCUGCUUUCCCAGGGGCUCGGGCUCAGCGAGGCGGCUCUGGAAGAGGCCUCGUGCCUGGAGGGGAAGGUCAUGGUCUGCCAUUACUACCCGGUGUGCCCGGAGCCUGAGCGCACCAUGGGAUUAGUCCCGCACACCGACCCCGGCGUGCUCACAGUCCUUGCACAGGAUGGCGUAGGUGGCCUGCAGGUGAAGCACACCAACGAGGACGGGGAGAGCUACUGGGUUGACGCGAAGCCUGUACCCGGCGCGCUUGUGAUCAAUGUUGGAGACCUCUUGCAGAUAAUGUCGAACGAUAAAUACACGAGCGUCGACCACAGGGUGGUGAUGAAUUCGCGUGAAGAAGCCAGAGUUUCGAUCGCCGUCUUCUUCAAUCCUGGGAAGCGAGGGGAUUCUGUUUUUUAUGGACCGCUGCCAGAGCUCGUUUCUUCAGAAAACCCAGCAAAGUACAGGAGUUUCACGAUGUCUGAGUUUUUCGGGGCCUUCUUCAAACGAGACCUUGCUAGCAAAGCUCUACUUGACAACUUCAAAUUGUAA